AUGUCAUUUGAAAGAUUAAAUCUAAUAUUAAAGCAAAUUUCAUCGUCGCAUUCCUAUUUAUCUGUUCAACCUGUAAUUGAAGAAUACUGUUUUAAUGAAAAUAUUCAUUUAACAUCAAUUGAACAAGAGAAAUUAAUUCGUUUAUGUUUAAGAAAAUUGUCUGAUUGGUUUUCUCAAACACCUGAACAAAUAAAAGAAAUCAAAUCUAAUUUUCAUAAAUAUUUUCUUGAAGCACAAUCUUCGUUAAAACAAAAACAAAUAAUUGAUUUGAUUUUAAAUGAAUUGAAAUUGACAAACAAUGAUUAUUUUAUUUUUUUAUUAGUCGACGUAUAUGAAAAAAAUUAUAAAAAACGGUUACAUGAACUUGAAAAUGAAUCUGAUAUUGGAUAUACUAUUCAUUUACCUGAUCGAAUCAAUAAUAUUUGUAUGAAAAAUAUUCCAAUGUGUUUUCAAACAAAAACUUAUUUUAAUCGUUUAAGUGAAUAUAUUCAAGAACAAUUAAUUAACUAUCAUUAUCCAAAUAUGUUGGCACAAAUGGAUACCAAUAUCAGUUUUCUUUCCCAACUUAUUCAUCGAGCAGCAAAAUUAGGUUACACUGAAUAUAUUUGGCGUCCAUUAUAUAAAAAUUUAUUUGUUAAAAAAUGUCUAAACGAUUCUCUUUGGUUACGAUUAGCUCAAUAUUUUCUUUUGGAAACAAUUGAUGAUAUUCUUUUCUAUACAAUUGAACAUAGUAAUGGAAAACUACUUGAUUUAUUUCUUAGUGAUCGCAUAGUCCAUUUACCAUUGUUAGAAACAUAUAUAACAGAAAAUUUACUAUUUCAUAAACGAUUAUCAAUUGAUACAGUACGAACAAUUCUUAGUUAUCUGACAAUGUCAAUAAAUCGUAUCGAAAAAUGUUUUCAAAAUGUAUUUUUACGUUUUCUACGAUUGUGGUCACAAGAAAGUUUUAUUCGAUUUUCAUCAAACGAUCAACAUUUUUACAUUUGUCAAUGCGUAUCCAUUUGUUUAUCGUUCAAUCAACAGAUACAACUAAAUACUGAUAAAGAUACAAUUGUAAUGAUUAUUUUAAAUGGUAUUCGUAUUCAUCUUGAAUCAACAUUUGAUUAUAUUCGUCAACGUGGUCAAUUCAUUGGCGAAUUAAUUAUUCAACGUAUAGAUUUAUUUUCUCAAUCAAAUCAACUUCGUUUCGAUACAUAUGAUAGAAAUAAUUCAGAAAUUCUAAUUUUAAAAGAUCUAUCGGAAAUAAAUCAUUCAUGCAAUGACAGACAACUUUCCGACGAUGAACAAGAAGAAUUUUCCAUGAAAAAAGAAGCAGCAGUAUGUUUAUCUGAAAAACCGAUAUCUUCAACAAAUACAAUUGUUCUUCAUGAUGCAUCGCUCGAUGAUGGCGAUGAUGAUGAAUUUGAAUCAUAUGAUUAUAGUCAGGAUAUAUUACGAUCCGAUGUAGAAAAGCCAACAUAUAUUCGUGAGUGUCUGGCCUAUUUAAUUGCAACAGAUAAAGUUAGUCAAUUAGAAGCAACAUUACAUGUUCUACCAACAUUAAUCGAAAUUCAUCGUAUUGAAUGUGAAGAAAUUGCUUUAGAAUUAGUUCGGAUUUUAUUAAAUUACAAUAGUACAUUUAAUAUAACAAAUUUUCAAGAAUUGCAAUUAAAAUCUUUAAUAAAAUUAAACGAAAAUUAUCCAUUAUUAAUAACUGAUUAUUUAUGUAAACAGUUUUAUGAAAAAAAUUAUACAAUUAAUCAACGAAGUCUUAUACUGAAAACAAUUCAAGAAACAGCUAAAAAAUUAUCACAAAUUGAUCAAAUUCAAACAACACUUCAAGAUGAAUUAUUUAUUUCUUCUGAGGAUGAUAAUGAUGAUAAUGACUCAUGGCGUUCAACUAUUCAUGAACGUUUAAAAUUAAAAACAAAAUAUAAAACAAAAGUUGAAUUAAGAAAAAAACCUUCAUUAAAAGAAAACAACUUUGGAAAUAUUGUUGGACAUUUUUUUUAUCCAUUAAUUGAAUUUAUUGAUAAACCAACAACAUAUUUAUCAUUAAUUGAUGGUGAUAAUGGUAAUUUAUUAUUAUGUGAACUCGUUGCUUGUUUAGCUCGCUUAUGUAUUUAUGCACAAAAUACUUUAUCAUUGAAUAAUAUGAUUAAACAUUUCUUACAAAUAUUAAAAGCAUUACAAAAACAUCAAGAUGCUGGCGUUCGACAUGCAGUUGUUUAUGCUUAUGCUUGUUCUCUUGUUUCAAUUGGUAAAACAUGUUAUGAUCAAGAUUUACAAAAUCAAUUUCUUGAAUUAAAACAAUGGUUCGAUUAUAUUAUUCUUAAGGAUACAAAUACUGAAGUACAAAAAUUAGGAAGAUCAGUUAGACAAAUUUUAUUAAAAACUUUACAAGAAAUAACAGACAACUAA